CGGUGCCGGCCCCCGUGAUGCUCAGGGGCAGACCCCCAUGUUCCCUCGGAUCUUCGGCCAUGAAGCUGGAGGCAUAGUGGAGAGUGUUGGAGAGGGCGUGACAGAUGUUGCCCCUGGUGACCACGUCCUCCCUGUGUUCACCGGGGAGUGCAAGGAAUGCCCAUAUUGCAAGUCUGCGGAGAGCAACAUGUGUGAUCUGCUCAGGAUCAACACCGACAGAGGUGUGAUGAUCGGGGAUGGCAAGUCGCGCUUCUCUAUUGGCGGCAAACCGAUUUACCAUUUCGUAGGGACUUCCACCUUCAGUGAGUACACUGUCAUGCAUGUCGGUUGUGUUGCCAAGAUCAACCCUGAGGCCCCCCUUGAUAAAGUCUGUGUUCUUAGCUGUGGUAUUUCCACUGGUCUUGGCGCGUCAAUUAAUGUUGCAAAACCACCAAAGGGUUCCACAGUGGCGAUAUUUGGGCUAGGGGCUGUUGGCCUUGCGGCUGUAGAAGGUGCAAGGAUUGCAGGUGCAUCAAGGAUCAUUGGUGUUGACCUGAACGCCAGCAGAUUUGAAGAAGGUGUAAAUACUCCUUAUUUUACUAUUCAUGGGGUUAUUUUUGUUGUUUUGAGAAGUUCCUUAGAUUUUCUAUUUUCUCCAUGUUCAGCUAGGAAGUUUGGCUGCACGGAAUUUGUGAACCCGAAAGAUCACACCAAGCCAGUUCAGCAGGUGCUCGCUGACAUGACAAAUGGCGGAGUUGACCGCAGUGUUGAGUGCACUGGCAACGUCAAUGCUAUGAUACAAGCAUUUGAAUGUGUUCAUGAUGGCUGGGGUGUAGCUGUGCUGGUGGGUGUGCCACACAAGGACGCUGAAUUCAUGACCCACCCGAUGAACUUCCUGAAUGAGAGGAUCCUGAAGGGCACCUUCUUCGGUAACUUCAAGCCGCGCACUGACCUGCCCAAUGUCGUGGAGAUGUACAUGAAGCUGUGCUGGAGAAGCUGUCCACCUACGACCGCGCGCGGACGGCGGUGCUGGCCAUGCCGGAGGGGGAGCUCAAGGAGGUGAACGCGGACAAGCUGGGCGCGCAGCAGCGCAUCGCCUCGGUCGGCGACAACCAUGAGUGCUUCCUCUCCAAGUUCAAGGACCGCGUCGACCGGUCAACAACAGCAACAAUUGCCCAACCAGCCACCACCAUUACCUAAUCAGCCACCACCACAGCUAUAGCAGCCUGUUGGAGCAGCUCGUCCUCCACCUCCUGGUCCAAGUCCAGGAUCCGGCCGGCACGCGCACGUGGUCGUUCAAGGUCGACCUGUUCACGGACGAGUUAUUCGCCGCGUUCCAGGUGUCGCACCGGCAGCAGCUAGCCAUGCUGGACAUGGCUGCGGCGGCAGAAGCGCCGGUUGGUCCGGCGCCUGCGGUCGGUCCGCGUCUGGCGCCGCGUGACGGGCGUCGUCUUCACGGCGAUCCUCGUCUGCUCGGUGGUGGCCGUGGCUCGCCCUCUCGCUUUCUCGUUGUUUAGUCCCGCUCCACCUCCGCCCUCCAUCUACUUGCUUCAAGAUGUCUUCCACGGCCGGUAGCUUCCGCGAUUUGGGUUUGUAGCAGGCGUGAACUAUGCGAUGAGGGUGUGCGUCCUCAUCACAGGCGGCUACGACAAGUACCGUGCGGCGUAGCGGAUGUGUACGAGAACGCGUAGAAGACCAACACCUCAAACUUGACGCCCUUUGCCUCCGUCAAGGACAGUGUAACAGGUGCGUAGAUCUUGAUCCUUUCCUUCAAUGCCGUUGUUGUUUGAUUGUCUCCGUUCCUGUGAAGCCAGUAUUCUGCCUGGCUGGCGCUUCAGCUUGAUGAAAAAACAAAAAACAUAGCAAACCUGACUUACUGUAAGAUGGAUUGAAACAGCUAACAACGUACUAGCUAGCUUUGCCAUGAGAUGGAUCGGUGAAUUGAUUGAUCGCCUAGCUAGCAACGCACGCACGGACUGGCAUGUAACGUGUUUACUGUUUAUACUUUUUCAACUCACGGCGAUAAAACCUAAGAGCUACAUGACUAAGCAGAGUUAGAAUUUCUGUAUUACUUUGGACAAGAGAGUGGAUUUUCAGCACCCGGGUGUCUAGGCACCCGGGUGCUGUUACACCUUUCUCCUUUGGACAAGCAAUCAUUGGUGAAUUCUGGCUAUAUGUGAGAUUUAUUGGCACCCAACAGAGAGAACUAGCAAGCUGGUGAUUUCAUCGUUUUUAGGAGGUCAAGCUUGAAAAAGGUACAAUUCUCGACUUCUCAUGAAUCAUGUUUUUUUUAAACAUCUCGAGAAUCAUGUUAAUCAUAAUAUUUCCCCUGUUUCAAAAUGCUCCCCGAUGUGUUGGUUAACUGUCCUCUGGAUAUAUUUUAUUUGAUUUUUUAUAGAAUUUGACCAUUUAUGGAGGCUUUCGUUAAUGAUGGAUCAACCUUGGUUCUAACGAUUAGCCUAUCUGACAUGCAACCCCUGGGGAAAUGGGUUGCAAAAUAUAGCGUGUUUUUCGUUUGUAUGGUUGUGGUCAUAGUCUAUUUUAAGCCUGUAUAAGUUUCUGUGGUUGUGAAGUGUAUUCACCUCCACGUAGAAAUAGAAGAUUAAUUUUUUUCACCCAUGAAGCGUCGUCGUGAUGGUUCGACCUCGAUCGAUCCACCCAUGUCCUCCCACCAAGGUAACUGAUGAUUCUCUCCUGCGAUCUGACCAUUAGUUUAGUUGAUGCCACUAACCUCUACCCACCAUGUUGAUUGGCUACAUAUAGAUGUCAAUGUGAGGGUCAUCGAUGGGUCGCUGUCCGGCGUGGUGACCAUUGAGUCGUGGAGAACACAUGCAAAAUUGGUCAUACUCAACAAAUCAAUGGGCAUCUUGAUCGUGAGCAGAGGGAGGGGAGCAGAGCUAGAUGGCGAAGAGAAGUCGUCGGCAUUGUGGUGCACCAUGCGAUCCAUUCCUGGUCGAUCCCCACCCAUUCCAGCGAACAUGGUUUGUGGAAGGGUCUCCUGGACAUGACGCGCACUAGGUGUUGCCACAAAAGAUUCAGACCGGCGUGACGCUGUUGUGGCGGGGUCAUGGGGCGGGGCCGCCGUGCGGUGGAUGACGUCGUCCAGACUACACGCGCGUCCAAUGGAGCACUGCACCCCCCCCCCUCGAUCUCAGCUCACAACUGCGUAGCUAGGAGGGAGGGUUUAGAGGCGCAUUGUGGAAAGUUGGGCCGUGAUGGGUGCCUCGCACGCCGUUCUGAUGCGCGUCAUGACGCGUCGGCGGCUGCAUGGGGAAGCAUGGUGGGUGGCUAGCUGAAAGGGGGAGGGGUGAGCAGUGAGGAGAAAGUGAGUCUGAGAGUGUUCACGGUUGUAGGAUUGCUUUUUAUCCCGCAACUUAUAAUUUUUGUUUCUAUAUAUUGGUGUAUAUUUUAGCAUAAGAACGGAGGUAUUUACACGAUCUAUCAGGGCUAUCAAAUUUCUUGGUUAGAUUAAGAAAAUGCUAUUUUGCAUAUUCUAGAUGUA